AUGGUUUCAUUACAUGGUUUAUUAGUAUUAGCAAGUAUCUUUGUUGAAGGAUUUUUUAUUAUAUUAUUUUAUCCAAUUCGUGGAGGUAUAAAUGAAAAAUAUAGAAAUAAUUUAAAACAAUCCCUCAAAACUUUAUUUUUUAGAAAAUCUUUAGCAUUUCCUAUAUUAGAUGCAAAAAUAGUUUCAGGUUAUACAAAUUCUGGAUUAAUUUGGUUUAUUGGUAAAAUUUUAUAUCCAAAAUUAACAAAAAAUUUAAAAAAUUAUGGUAAAAAUUAUGAUAGCAAGAGUAUUUGGUUAGUUGAAGCAGAAAAUAGAUCAAAAGAUGAUCCAAUUAUAGUUUAUAUACAUGGUGGUGGAUAUUAUUGUCAAACUUCUUAUACUCAAGUUGAAUUCCUUAUAUCAAUUUAUCAUUUAAUUGAACCAUCAAAAAGAUCAAAAUUAUCAAUUUUAUUAUUAGAUUAUAGUUUAGCUUCAUAUGGUAAUGAAUUAUUAACUCAAUUACAUGAAUUAUCUGCUACUUAUCAAAAUUUAACUUUAAAAGAUGGUAAUUCAAAUAUUAUUUUAAUGGGAGAUUCUGCUGGUGGUCAUUUAUCUGUAACAUUUGAACAAUUUUUAAAAAAACAAAAUAAUCAAGCAAUACCAUAUCCAAGAUCUUUAGUAUUAGUUAGUCCAUGGGUUAAAUUAGCUGCUGAUAAAGUUCAAUAUACUCCUGGUCAUUCUUAUAAGGAAAAUGAAUCAAGAGAUUUAGUUCAAUAUACUUUUUUCACUGAACCAGAUAGAGGUGCAACAUUAGUUGGUAAAAACGAUGUUAAUAGUUUAAUUGUUUCACCAGGUAAUUGUCCUUAUGCCCAAUCUGAUUGGAAAGAUAUUCCAACAUUUAGUAAACCAGGUUAUUCUGUUUUUGUUAUAUUAGGAGAACAUGAAUCUUUUAAAGAUGAUAUUUUGGAAUUUUCUCAUUAUUCAUUAGGUACAUCAUUAAAUCGUAAAUCAAUUGAUGGAAAAUCUCAAGGUGUUUUUAAUCCUCAAAAACAUUAUGAAAUUAUUGAUAAUGCAUCAAAUGGUCCUUAUGUUGAAAUUGUUGUUGAACCAUGGGGAAUUCAUGAUGCUUCAUUAUUUUUAGAAAAUGAACUUAUUGAUUUAGUUAAUCAAAAUCCAAAUUUAAAUUAUAAAAGUUUAGAUGAUUUUAAAUUUUUUGGAAUUAAAAAAAUUGUUGGAUUUUUAGAUAAAACUUUACCAUAA